CUUAUGACUUUCGAUCAAUGACUUGCUGACUCAGGAGCAUUUGAUCAUAAAAGAGACGUGUAGUCAUCCCAUUGGCUGCAGACAUUUCUUUCAGUGCUUUGUGGCCUCUUCUUCUAUAUAAGGAAGUAACCCAAGUGGUCUCUUUAGGUAGUUGUUCCUUUUUUUAACUCGUUAGAGAGGAUAACUUUUUAGUUAUAGUCUCUGAAGAUAUCUUAAGGAUGGCCGCAGGAUUUUCGACGGCUUCGGCAAAGGGAGUGGAUUUUGAGGCAAAGAUUACUCCUAUAGUCAUAAUAUCUUCCAUCAUGGCUGCUACCGGCGGCCUCAUGUUUGGCUACGAAGUUGGUGUCUCUGGUGGAGUGACAGCGAUGCCGGAAUUUCUGAAAAAGUUUUUCCCGGUGGUCUACGGGAGAGUAGAAGUCGGCGCCGACAAAAACAACUACUACUGCAAAUACGACAACCAAGGACUACAAAUCUUCACAUCAUCUCUAUACUUAGCGGGUCUAACCGCAACGUUCUUCGCUUCAUACACGACGAGAACACUUGGACGAAGGCCAACCAUGCUCAUAGCUGGCGUGUUCUACAUCAUCGGUGUGGUUCUCAAUGCUGCGGCACAAGACCUAGCCAUGCUUAUUACAGGCCGGAUAUUGCUUGGUUGUGGAGUUGGGUUCGCUAACCAAGCCGUGCCGUUGUUCUUGUCGGAGAUUGCACCUACUAGGAUCAGAGGUGGUCUUAAUAUUCUCUUUCAGCUUAACGUCACUAUUGGUAUCCUCUUCGCAAAUCUUGUCAACUAUGGCACCGCUAAAAUCAAAGGAGAAUCUGGAUGGAGGCUGUCACUUGGUUUGGCCGGAAUCCCGGCGCUUCUACUGACGGUGGGAGCUUUAUUGGUGACGGAGACACCGAACGGUCUCGUUGAAAGAGGCCGUCUCAAUGAAGGCAAAGCCGUUCUCCGUCAGAUUCGAGGCACCGUUAAUGUCGAACCAGAGUUCGCUGAUCUUCUUGAAGCUAGCAGCCUUGCCAAAGAAGUCAAACACCCUUUCAGAAACCUUCUUCAACGCCGGAACCGGCCUCAUAUCCUCAUCGCCGUUGCCUUGCAGAUAUUCCAGCAAUGCACUGGAAUCAACGCCAUUAUGUUCUAUGCUCCUGUUCUUUUCAGCACUUUAGGCUUUGGCAGUGACGCGUCUCUCUACUCUGCAGUGCUCACCGGUGCAGUCAACGUCCCCUCCACUCUAGUGUCUAUCUACUUAGUUGAUAAAGUCGGUCGUCGUGUUCUUCUUCUUGGAGCUGGUCUCCAAAUGUUCUUUUCUCAACUCGUGAUCGCCAUUGUCCUCGGUAUCAAAGUCACAGACCACUCUAAUAACCUUUCCAAAGGGUUUGCGGUUCUUGUCGUGGUGAUGAUUUGCACCUACGUAGCUGCUUUCGCCUGGUCUUGGGGACCGCUCGGUUGGCUAAUCCCUAGUGAGGUUUUCCCUCUUGAGACACGUUCCGCGGGACAGAGUGUGACGGUGUGCGUCAACUUGCUGUUCACUUUCAUUAUAGCUCAGGCUUUCCUCUUGAUGCUGUGUCAUUUCAAGUUUGGGAUAUUCAUCUUCUUUUCUUCGUGGGUCUUGGUCAUGACUCUGUUUGUGAUGUUCCUCCUUCCUGAAACUAAGAACAUACCUAUCGAGGAGAUGAGGGAGAGAGUGUGGAAGAAGCACUGGUUCUGGACUAGGUUCAUGGUCAUGGGUGAUCAAAGUUGUAACCGGCAAGAAGAGUAACAACAGGUGACUAACAAUACACUAGAUAGAUAUAAGAAAAGAUAACUAUAUAUAUAAAGAGUAAAGACUAAACAUACUAGAGCAUCUUUAGAGCAGAGCAUUGCUAGAACACACAUAACACAUAGGUCUCUCAAAUAAUAUUCUUAAUUAUUUUUAUUUUUUAUUUUUAUUUUAAAAAUUAAGCCACGACUUAAAAGAUAAGUGGAGAACGCAGCUUUUCAGCGAGAUCAAAAAGCUCUUCUCAGAGAGUUGCUUUCUCUUUUGGGCUUUUUUGCUAAAUAACAAAAAAAAAAGAAGAGAAAUUAGAUUUUGGGAGAGAGAGUAGAGAGAGAGAUAGGAAGAGAAAGUAAGAGAGAGAGGGAGAUUUUAGUUAGAUUUUUAUUUUUUGUUUUUUUAUCUUAGCUACUUGGCUUAAUUUCCCUUCUCUUUUUUCUCCAUAAUUUUUUCUCUUUUUUCUUUCCUUUUCAAUUUUUUUAAUAUUUUUAAAUUACUGAGAGCUCGUGCAAGAACUCACAGCUGCGCAUGCUCUUAAUGAUAUUAUUUAAAGAUAAUAUCUCAACAUGAAAAAAAAGUAGAGAAAAAUAGUCUAAAUAUUAAAAUAUUAUCAUUAUACUAGAACAAAAUAAUAUUAUAAAUCUGGAAAGAUGCUCACCUUGACAUACUAUACGUUAAUGAUGCUCUUAGCCUAAUGACUUCUACAUCACCAUUAAACCGGAUCUCCAUAUAUAUGGUUGAGGUUUAAAAAUGGUUUAACAGAUGUAUAAGAAAAUACGCACAUGAUUUAAAUAUAUUCUUCAACCCUUUUUUCCUAAGAUGUUCAGCCUAGUUUUUGGUUAAGUUUAUUUAAAACUAAAAGCUUAUAAAAAUGGUUUCGAAUAUUUUGACAUUAUCAAACAUAAAGUUUAAAAGCAAGAGAAUUUUAUUUCAUUGAUAACAAAGCAGAAAACAAACUCAAAGAACAGAAAUGACGAUUACAUCACAAGGAUCAACAACUUCAACUUAUUAUUACAACACACAUCCCUUUAUUCAUAAUGUUGUUUGAUCCAAGACAAAGAUUUAGAGAUCACUAGACGGGGACGAUGUUGGUCACAGAGACCUUAACCAUUUCAGCUUCAAAGACAAUAGCAUCAUUCACCAAAUACCCUUUGGAUGUAUCCUUUAAAUCUUUCAUCAAUAUGAUAUUGUUCACUCCCACACCAUAAUCGCUUCGAAUCGGGUACCAAGCUGCAGCUGAAAUAAAGAAAAAAAAAAUAUUAAUUUCAUUCACCGAUUAUUCUUGGAAAUAAAAAAUUAUUUAUAUUGGUUUAGUCUU